AAUUACCAGUUUGUCUCUGGAAUGACAUUUAACAUUUGAAUAAUAUACUCUAUGGACGUUGGUGUCGUGUAAUUAAUAUUUUGUUGCAUUCGUUUCAAGAGAUUAAUUUUUGAUAUAAUUUAAACGUUUUUCCUUUUGAAAACCGAUUCAACGCAAUCUAAACCGCUAUGGAUUUGGCUAUUCUUAUGUUCGUUGCAAUUAUUUUCGUGAUAGCCAGUGUAAUAUUAGGUCUCAUAUAUAAGUUUGGCAUGAAAGAAAAAAGUUAUGAGGAGGCCCUGGCAGAGCAAAAGCUCAGCACUCAAAGUUUACUUGGCAUAAAGCAAAAACCCAAAGAAAAGAAAAAUAAGAAAAUAUCCAAAAAGGCAAAAGACAUUGAUCCUGAUAAAAUGAAGAAAGUUCCUGCUACUCAAGAAGGGAAAGGACAUGCAAAGACUGAUAAAUCUAGGCCUGAAGAUUCAAUUCAGAAACAGAAAGAUGAAACAAAGAAAAAAUGUGCUCCCGAUCAAUCACUUCCAAAAAAUGAAGAUAUUAAUUCUGCUGAUACUCUCAUAUCUCCCCAGGAUUCUAUCAAGGAGAAAGUAAUUUUACCAAAAAAAGUUAAUAGCAAUAGUUCCAAUAAACCAAAAGCUAAUGUGAAUAAAAAAGAACAACCAAAAGCUGAUUCAGUUAAAGAGAAAAAUGUCAAUGCUAAAAAGGAAUUCACAAAAAAGGAAUCUACUGGCGAUCAACCAAAAGCAGAUUCUUCUAAAGAUAAGCAAGUUGGUGAUUCUGUUAAAUUAGUGAAAAGGGAAUUGGCAUCAAAAGGACAAACAGAAGAGCAUGAAAUACUUGAUAAAAAAGAAGAGCUCUUAGUGAAAGAAGUUCCUAAAGAAGAAGAGCAUAAAGUUCAAAAUAAACCAUCAAAGUCUAAUCAACUCGUUCAAAAUCCUCUUGAGAAAGAGACUGUUGAGAAAGUGACCAAUAAUUCAAAGCCUUCAUUGGCAAAUGGUUUUGUUGUAAAUCCACCCAAAGACAAAAAAAAGAAGAAGGAUUCAUAUACACUUCAACAAUUAGCUGCAGGAGAACCUGGCUUGACUUUCAUUUUGAAUAUGAUCCACAAUGCAGAACUCUCCCAUGCCGACAUUCAGUUUCUCAUCAACUUACUUUUGAACAAACAAUUGGAUGCCCCAAAGGUAUUAGAGGAUUGGAGUGAGGGCAAGUAUGAUCCAGUUCAGAAACUCAAGAAACAACUAGCUGAAAAAGAGAAAGCCCUUAUUGAUGAACAAGAGACAUUAGCUGGUGUUCAAAUAAAGCUAAAAGAAGUUCGCAAUGAGCAAUUGGCCGAAAGGACAUCAUCAAAUCAGAAAAUAAAAAUUCUUGAAGAACAACUUCAGAAUCUACAAAUGGAUCUACUUGCUUGUAAUAAUAGAUGUCAUGCUCAAGGACAGCAACUUCAGCAGACGCAGGCACAAUUGAAUGAGGAAAGAAUGAAGUUACACAGUCUCAGAGAAGAAUUGGCUGCUGUACAAAUGCAAAGACAACAAUUAGAGAUGCAUAUUGCACAAGAGUCUGAAGUAAUGAUUGCACAACUGAGAGCAGAUAUACAAGAGUACUCUGCAAGAAAUGAGCAAAUGUUGAUCGAUAUAAACACCAUUCAAAAAGUUGCUGCAGAUAACGAAGCUUCCUAUAUUGCGCAGUUGAGUAAUAUGACACAAGAACUAGGGGAGAAAUCUAGACAAUUAGAGGAAUUACACAUUGAACUUGCAAACAAAAAUGAAAUGCUCUACAGACAAGAGGGCGAGCUGAAGACAGAAAUUGCCCAAUUGAAUGCAGUUAUGCAGCAGCAAGCUGAGGAGAUUAGAAAAACCGAACAGAGUCAUGAUGAAACCAUGGAAGAAAUCAACAACUUGAAGAAACAAAAAAGCAUAUCGAACAAAGUUAUUGCACAGUUAAAGGGUGAGAUUGAGAAAUUGCAAGAAUACAAGACGCAGCAAGAAGCAUCUAUGGAAAAUAAUAAAAUUAAUGAAACAGAAGUAUUGAAUUAUAAGAAUGAAUUGGCCUAUGUGAAAAAUCUAUCAGAGGAAAAAGAGAAUAAUCUGAAGUCAGAAAUUGAUUCGAAGUUGAGUUUAAUAAGCAAAUUGGAGACUGAAUUAGAAGAACAAAAAACUAAGAACAAUGAUUUGAGAAACAAGAAUUACAAAAUAAUGGAAGCACUAAACGCAGCAGAAGUCAGAAUAAAGACAAUCCAAGAGGAAAAUUCCAACAAAGAAAAAAAUUCCUCAGAUGAGAAAACAAGCGAUAUAGAUUCUCAGAAAAAGUUCCUAUCUAGAUUACUACCUGAAGUUAAUGGUUUGGAAGAUAUUUCAUCUGAGAAAUGGGAAGAAGAAUGUUCCAAACUAGUCACUAAUUAUUUAGAAACCCUUAAGAAAAAUGCUAGCAAUGAAUCUACAGAAAAUUUGCAAGCAAGGAUAGAACAUUAUCAAAAUGUCAUUAAAAACACUGAGGAUAUGCUAGCUAAACUACAGGUUAAUAUAGAUCAAGAACAAAUUAGUUGGAAAGCUCAAAUUAAAAAUAAGGAUUUAGAAUUAGAAGCACUUAAGGAAAAAUUAGAAAAGUUGCAGAAUAUAGAAACCAUUAACGGAUCUUCUUUUGAAGGACAAUGAAAUUGAAUUUUUUAUAUUUUUAUUAUAUGUUAAGAAAAACGAAACUUCUCUGUUAAAAUGUAAAUUUUGUAUUAGUUCUAUUGAUGAUUAUAUAAAGAUGAAAUAUUUCAUUCAUAUGAUUGGAUUUUGAGUUAUCAAUCAAAUUAACAGAUCAGAUUGAAGAUAAUUUUCAUUUCAAGUCAUUUGUAAUCAUUCCCUAUAUUUUUAUAUUCGUGCAAUAAAAAUGCUCAUGUCUAAUAUGUAAUAAUUUAUAUUCUUAUAUAUGUUUGUUGAUUUAGGGUAUUGUAUGUCCCAGCCAGAUUAUGUAUUGAAUAAAAUAAUGCCGCUAGA